AUGGUGCUGGGUUCUCCGUGGUGGGUCUGGGUGGCCGCCUUGCUUGUGUGCCCGGGCUGUGCGCAAUGGCGAGACGUGCCAGGCUGCUUCCUGCAAGAUGCAAGGUAUCUGUUAACCCAUUUGGACCAUGUCACGAAUCCCAUCCAGGCAGUGCUGGACCGUUUGGAGUGCCAGUUGCUUUGCAAGCAGACUGCAGGCUGUGGUGACUUUGUUUACUUUGCAGCCUCGAAGUUCUGCUAUCUUGGGCGCAAUCACAGCGGCGUCGUCGGCACGCAGGGUGCAGUGUCUGGGCCAGUCGCGUGUGCAGAGGACAAGCCAUCCGCUUGUGAAGACCUUCCCAAAAAGCAGUUCCCAGCAGAAACAGCUGAAGAGAGUCAGAGUGCAUGGCCAAGCGGAUUCACGCCGACAAACCUUCAGUGCUGGCCCACCAACAUGUACUGGCAGCCUGCCUUCUGCAGAUCAAUUCCGCCCACCUCGAUUGAAAACACAUCGACUGCAGGGCAUUGUCAGGAUUUGCAAAGGGUACACAUCCCCGCCGAAAGGUCAUGUGCAGCAAGCUGUGCCGAGAACGUGCUGUGUUCUGCAUGGCAAGUGCGGAUAGGUGAGGUUACUGCAACAACACAGACAGUUGGGCUACGAGGUGCCAAAGAAACAGCACCGCGAGGAUUGGAGGAUGUUCCGAGUUGCAGCGAGAGGCCAAAUUUCCAGCUGGCCAUGAAUGCGUGGUGUGGUCAUCAGACUGAGCCUUUCGCGUGCUCGAAGGAGCGCAACAACGACAAUCCCAUAUGGGACUGUCACCAGAGCACAGGUGCGCAUUGCACUUCCGGUGCCAGCCUUUGUGCCUGGCCCGGGCAAGUUGCUCCUGCUCCGGUGCCCGCCGAGUCGACCGGCUCGCCACCUCCGGGCAUUGGGAACGCAACACGCUUUGUGACGUGGAACCUUUACGUCUUCACUCUGGCCGGUCGCAUUUAUCCGGUUGUGGACGAACUGUUGAGGAUGCAGCCGGAGAUCGCUGCCAUACCAGAGAUGUGGAGUGAGAAGUUUGCCAUCCUGGAUCGUCUCAACCAGGUCUCCGGCAACGUGUGGGCCUUUGCACCUGGUGGUGCCACAGAGCAAUACAAUGAUGCGGACAUCCUGUAUCGUUCUGACAAGUGGGAGCACGUCGCGAGCGAUCUUGUUCCAUUUUCGGCCGGUCGAGCCAUCAACUGGGCAGUUCUGCGCCGGAAGUCCGAUAACUACACCCUCAUCGCAUCAGGCACUCAUCCACUGUGCUGCCUGGGAGACUUUGUAAUCCUGGAGGCAGUGCAGUUUGUGACUAACGUCCUGCACCAGGUGCAACAGACACACCCGUACCCCAUCGUCCUCAUGGGAGACCUGAACACGGGGUACUUUCAACCGUCGCAGCAACUGCUCAGACAGGGUCAGGCAGAUGGCUUUGGCAGGCACUGGACAGUUCCGCUAACUUUCACGGAUGCAUGGGCAGAGCUCCAUCCCGGCAACCCUGAUCCAUCAACGAUCAAUGAUGACCCGGUCCGCCUCGACUACGUUUACUUUCAGAAGACUCCGCUCUCAAUGGGCGCUGCCGUGUCAGCAUCGCAGGCUUCGCUGAAAGAAUGCUUCCAAGGUGUUGGGAAAGACUGCUUCGGAUCCGCGGCUGAAGCAAGCAUUGUUGAUGCUGGGCGAUUUCAGCAUGGCGUCUAUCGCGUACUUGCCGACCUGACGGGGGUUGAGCUGGAAGGUUUGAGCCUGAUGUUUGGAACAGUGAGCGUCCCCGUUGUCAGCCAAGAGCAGGCGGUACAUCGCUGCGCUAACCUGUGUCUGUCAAUCCUGGCAUGUCAGGCGUGGCAAUACUCCACGUCGCAAGGGUGCUACAUCCAAGAUCCUUCUCAGGAGAUGCCCUACCCCCCCAUCAUCAGGAAAGGCACAGAGCUUGCCAAGACGGCUGUGGCGGGACAGUACAUCCAGCGCGUCUGCCCAGGUGAAAUGAGUCACCUUCGAGGAGACCAGCCGAAGCCCGCGCAUCCCGAGCCCGAGGCACCCAAGGUGGUAGUCGUUGAUGCGGAUGCCGCCGCCCCGCAGAUCCAGAGUCCCGAUGGAGAAAUCGAGGACGCUGUGAUAAGGACAGUCCAGGCCACAACGCAGAGGCCCGACGCAGAAACAACAGCUGUCCCAGCCGGCGUGAGUGCAUUGACUCCACCGGCUACAGCUGCCGUGCCAGUUUCUGCCAUUCUUCCCGUGAACUCCACACCCGGAGCCGGGGCUGAAGCAAACCCGACAACUUUGCCAAUCCCAGUUUCACCUCUGCCAGGCUUGGCGAAGGUCACAGGGCCUCCAUCGGUAUCAAUCGCACCGGCUAUAGCGCCAGCUGUGAUUUCAACAGCGGCUGCCGCACCCACUGCACAACCGAUUGCCGCGUUGCCUUCUGCACCCACUGGCGAGCCUGUUCUGGUUGUUGCCAAGAACGGACCCUCCGAAACGCGCUACAGGGAGAGCGGGCUCAGCGGUCAAGGCAACAUGCUAGUGUCAAAGCCUGCACAGCAUCUCGAGCAUCAUGCCGAGUGGCCCUUCGUCAUUUUCGGCAUUUUGGGUCUGAUUCUGGUCUGUGCUGGUGCACAUGCCCUUCGCGUCUACGGCAACAAGAAGGCCAACUACUAUUGCCUCGACCCCGAGGAGUCUGACGAUUCUUUGCUCCAUGGCUGA